UCCUUUUCAAUGAACAAGUGCAUUAAAAUCAUCAGUCAUGGUAACUGCCCUGGCAUCAUCAGGCUGCUUCAAGUCUAAUCCUACGCAACGGUGACGUCUGCUAUUCGAUCAGAAUAAUUAAAACAGGGGUUUUACCCUUCCACGAAAUAGUUAUAGUGAUCAUGGUCAUAUGUAACCUUGACGUAUCACGAACAUCAUCUCAAUCCUAUUAUCCAAUGCCGUCAAAAAUCAUGGGCGAUCCCCCAGCACCCUCCAAGAAAGGCUUCCGUCUCAUGGAAGCCCAUCAACGUCAGCUUCAGGACAAUUCCGAAACUGGUAGCAUUUACAGCGUGUACAAACAAAAGAUCGAUUCCAUGUUCGAAUCUGAUUCCAGUCAUGGAGCUGAUAAAAGUGAUGGCAACUACCGGAGUUCGUCGAAAAAUAGUGUUCAGGCGCGAAUCGAAAAAAUGUUUGUGGAAGUUGCUAACGAUGAAGGACUAGCACCGGGUGGGAGUGAGUUGGGGGUGGGAGUGCAUGGGUUUUCGGUAGAUUAUCUGGGAUCGGUGGAGUUGGUGGACAAGGUGACAAAUUUAGCUGGUCUUCAGGAACCUCUCAAAAAAUUGUAUUUCCAAUACAAAAAUGAUAAAAGUCCGAGAAGACUGGAGCAGAAGCCGUUGAGCGAGAGGCUCGAGAUAUCGGCAAUGGGUUUGAAGGUUCAGUACAGAUCUGAUAAAGGAGACAUCGAGCAGCUGAAUCCAUUUCCGACGAUAGCAGUGUGGUCGGCUGUGAAAUUUGUUUUACACCAUGCCGAUCCACCCAACACGUCCACGUGUGCCUUUCUGCCCUUAAUAACCGACCCAGACAAUCUCGAUAAACAAGGACUGUUCUGUCAACUGAACGCAUCCGAAAUUGCCACGUUCCAGGCACAAGGGACACAGAAACCAGAUUCUCAUGCCCCUUUAUUUGCCGUAGUCAUGCGAAGUAAUGCAUUUGGCAGUGCACAGUUGAACGUACCGUCCCAGGUUCAGCAGAAACGUCGUCUAGAGUGCCAUGGUUUCGCAUGCCAGACGUCUGAGGACGCAAUAGUGAUUGCUGCCACCCUGUACAAGUCUUUAAUGGCACACAUGAGCAAGGCGAGACAGGGACGCAAACCGAAGACCACGCGCGAAGGAAUCAGUUGCAUUUCAACGACCUCGAGCGUUCUAGAUUGGAAUGGCGACGUCGCGACGCCAGUCAGGCCGCCUAGGAAGAAAAGAAGCACGGCAACGUCGUCUGUAGCAAGCGCCAGCAGCGAUCGUGAACAACCUGUUGACAUUGAUGACAGUCGACCUUUACUAACUGCUAACAAGUCUUCCCUUUAUGCUAAGAAAAGCUCAAAAACACGAAGGGCUCCAACCGUCCCUUUGCCCAAACCUGAGGAUCUUGAUGCCAUCACGCCCUACGAAGAAGUCCAUGACUCAUUCAAUACAGCGAAAACUGAAAAACAUUCCUAUGUCAAUACUGCCGUUGGAGGUGGAGAUGAGAAUGCAUCGAACAAACAUUCAAACAACGCCCAACAUAAUGACAUGUCAAGAUCUGUUUCACGUAACCAGAACCUUCGAAAAAACGCAGAGGGUGAUAACCAAGGUGACAUUCUCACAAAGGUCACCAUUCCUCGAUCUGGAAGCUUUCUGAACGCUGGCGGUUUAACGAAAUACAAAUCAAAACUAAAUAGGGCCAACGGUCAAGCAAGUGGUGGAUCGCCCUUAGGAUUCCACGAACUCUUCAACGAAUUCCGGCUCCAAGAAGGGCUUCAUUCGAUCGACGAAAUUCUCGGAGUCAUAAUAGAUCCCGAAGGAAUGUCUUUUAAUGAUCUCAAACCCAUUUACAAAGAGUUUCUGCUAAAACUAGCCCUCACCCUCACGAAAGAUGAACUAUUCCAAAGAUCAAAGGCCAUCAUGAAGAAACAGAAGAAGAAAUCGUUCAGAACAAAGAGCCCGUUGUACAGACAGAAGAAAGCCAGUAUUGUGAGUUCAAAGCUGAAAAGUAUUCAGCACAUCUUUAGUAAGAAGAUAAAGGCAAAGUUGAAGACCAAAUUCAAGAAGAAGGACAUGCAGAAGGCUGCAAAUAAACUGAGGAUGUCGAAAAGGUUGAACGAAAAAAUUCCAGAAAGCAGCAUAUCCACGUCUUCCUACGACACAAGACAAUUCAGGCCCAAAGAACACUCCAUUUCUGUGAUGAGGAGGCCAAGUUACAAAAAAAAGCAUAGUAACGGUGGAAUUCGAAACUACAAAGACCUUGGAAUGUCAGAACUCAAAAGUUGGCAACAGUCCAAGGAAAGGAUUAGUACAUCAGAAGAAAGCGACUUCUUUAGUUUGCAAAGGGCAAGAGGUCGCAUCCCAUCCAAUCCGACGGGAACAGGGUCGAAUCCGAAUAGAAACUCAUCCAGUGGUUAUGUUUCCUGCUCUGAAUGCAGUUACGAUAGUGACACAUGCACAUGCGCAUCGGCAGAUAAAUGCUAUUGUUCGUUAGGCAAUCGAAACCAAUCAGAAAAACACCACAGGGUUCCUUCGUAUAGAAACUGCAAGAGAUGUCACUUGACUAAGUUAAAUGAUAAGUGUUAUUGCAGUUGGAAGCCUAUGGAAGGCAACAUGUCUCUUACUUACUGUGAAUGUGAUACCGACAGCUGUUCAGAUAGCAACAAAUGUUACUGUAAAAAAGGGGAACGACGAAAAAAUACAAGGCAUGGAAACAGCACGUCAGUUGAACCUAAAUACCAAGAUGUUCAUCGGAAUUUGUGUAAGAAAGUUUCCAAUUCGAAAAGUACUCGGAGUCUGGAAUAUGUCCACGAACCGUCCGAACAGUAUUACGAGAAACUCCGUUCGAAGAUCGUCAAGCACUACGAAAACGACGUGCUGCCAUCCCGAAGACGCAGUUACGAUAACAUGGCUUUUGACAUGGACGUGUGGACGGGUAAGAAUGCGAUGAAUUCCCCGAACUAUCGAAGAAACAAGGCGAUGAGCGAAUGUGGAAAUACUUCCAGCUUCUGUAAAGCACCAUCGAUCCGAUCAUUUCAAAGUGCCACCAAAUACGUUACUUCAAAGCAAACCGGAAAGACUGUGUGUUCCACGUCAGUAUCAACCGGCGGAUGUACUGAAGCACUUUCGGUAAAGAAGUCUGCUGAAAUAGCCGCCUUAUUUGCCGACAUCAAAUUAAGUCAAACAACCGACAUAACCCACCUCAUACCACCGAAAGAUUACGACAUCGAUUCAGGGAGACGAUCCAAUUCGAACAGGUCGUCGUCGUAUACACCGAGAGAUCGAGGUUACUUCAAAUCGGACAAGAGGAAGUCGGACAGACUGAACAGCAUUCCUCCACCGAUACCUAUUGGCCCAAGGGUCAUGAAUAAUCCCGUCUACGUGCCUCAGAAAUCAGAAAAGAGCAAGUUAUAUAGUACCAGGAAUGGCCUCUAUACCAUCCCCAGUCAGUCCGACGAGUCGCGGAGGUCUAGCUUUAGCGAAUCUAGGAAUAAGGACAAAAAGUCCGUUGAUGAACAACGGUACGGUAGCAGCCGAAACGUUAGUAAUAAUUUAGAAAACUCAUUAGGAUACUUGCCAUGAUAUACUGUUUUUACUGUAACACAGGUACAACAGAAUCGAAAUAUGGACACUUAGUAUACCACAAUGAUUCAUAUACAGCUUAUAGAGAAAUCAGAAUUAAAUUUGUCCCUUUUGGUACACUAAUGUGCUAUUUUACGUUCGGAAAUCAAUUCCAACCUUGCCAUAUCGAAGGGAUAUUCAUUUCUGAAGCACCUAACCUAAACAAAUACCUUCAGAUGUACUUAAAUGAGCAAAAUACUAAUUAAACAUAAUUUAUAUAGCCGGAAAUGUAGUUUCUUAGAAAUAAAAUACAACAUCACUACGUUAGGAAUGAUUUUCAAAAAAUAGAAAUAAAGUUGAAGGCAAGUGUAGUACCUACAUACUCCAGUCAAGUUUUACUUGGUUCCAGAUACUUAGGUUAAUGGGCUUUAUGAAUUUUGUGCGCAGAAAGACUAGAGAUUAGGAGCAUAGGGACAAUGUUCGGUGCAAGCGUCGCAAUGUUGCGCUCAUCGUUGCGCAGUAAGGCAGUGCGCAUCCCAUUUGACACGGUCGCUAAUCGAACAGCGUCUUUUGUCCUUUAGUUUUAUUUUUUAGGUUAUGUAAAAUAUUUUGAAAACUAACUAGUUUUACGUCAUUAUAACGUUGGAUGUUGAAUCGGUUUCUUUAUUUUGUCGCGCACUAUUUUUAUUUGACAAAAUCGACUCAAGGUAUCGUGGAAAAUUGAUUUUACAAUUUCGUUAACUAAUUUUGUGUAAUUUAUUUAAAAAUGAAUAUGAAAUAAAAACAUAGUAUUACUCGUAACGCAUGAAGGUUGUUGGUUUAUACAAAUAUUUAUGCGUAUGUAGUAUGUACAUAGCUAUUCAGGGGCGUAGGUUGCGGGGGGGUUAAUAAGUCACAAAUAUAUUCCUCGUGAUUUCGUUUAAUUAAUAAUGUAGGUAAGUGGUUACAUUGAGAUGAAGAUGAAUAUGAAACAAAAUGUACCACAUAAGAAAUGUGUUAUGAAAGAAAUUUACAUGUGCAAUAUUUUUUUAUUAUUAGAUAUUAAGGUACUUUGUGAAAACGGUAAAUAGAAGGUUUA